UUGGUUACAGUUGCUCAAUCAAAAGUUAGCCUUGCCGGUAAUGACAUCUUUCUAAAAUCCUGAAUGCAAAAAUAGUUAGAUGGAUAGCAAUAGGGAUGUUUGGCUCUCCAGCAAAGGUAAUUAACCUUUCCAUCCUUUUUUAAGAUACUGUCAUGUCUCUUCUGAGAUCCUGCCUGCUUUCUUCUGUACGUUAUCUUUUACAUUGAUGUCCUAUUACUUUCAUUUUCUAAAGUGCUCGUCUCCUCUGCAGACCUUCAAAGGCUGAGAACUGUAGAGUAUAUUAGUGUCUAAACACAGACACACCCUGCUGGAGGUCAUAAACAGAAAUGCCAUGUUUUCAGUAAACGGGAACACGAUUUCUUUCCAUCUGCUGACACACGUAAGACUUGGAGAGCCACAGGACGGGUUUUUCCUCAUUUGCCUGUCCCUGCCAGCUUUGCUGAUCUUUCACGUUCUGAGAGCUUCUCCCUCCGGUCGCUCUUUUCUCCUUCACCACCCCGUCUCCCUGCCCACAGGAAGAGCCGCUGGCAGCUGAAUGGCCGAAGGCGAACAGGGGCAGGUGGAGGUGACUGAGGAGCCGGGGUCAGAGGUCAGAGAGCCCCCCGACCCGGGCAAGGGGGCAAGUGGCGUCUCGCACACUGACGGGCUGGAGACGAAGGACAAGAAACAGAGGCCCCUGGGGAGGAUCGGGACCCUCAGGGAAAGCUUCAAGGCGGUCUUGCCCAGUGCCCUGAUUCAAUACAGGAAAAAGCUGCAGGAUGGAGGAGAUGUGGAACUGAGAAAGUUCAGCAGAGCAGAGACAGGAAAUGGACAUGGAAACGAGCUGCUAUCCCCCUCCUCUCCAGGUCAGAGUUCAGAAGGCAGGAGCCCGAAGGCCACCACUCCCUUCAAAAGGUCCAGCAAGGGCUGGUCCAGUCUGAGGGUGACCUCCAAGAGCGAAAGAUACAGUCGAUCAAGCUCUGAGGAAAAUGUCUACUCUGAGCCACAGCUCAGAUCAGAGCCAGCGAGUCCAGGCUGUGAAGACACAGGGAAGAGCCCCCCUCAUUCUCCACCGAAGAAGGGAGGUUUCAAUUUAUCAAGUUUGCUGAAGACUCCAAAGAAAUUCUCACCUCUCCCUCUGGGGAACGUCGAAGAAGCAGCGAGUGAGGAAAAUAAGGAGGAACCCAAACAGCGUGAAAUCCCAAGUCCUCCUCUGUCAGUCAUGCAGAUCAGCAACCUGAUUGACAAGGGGGUGUUGGAGGAAGCUCAUCUGAACCUGCUGUCCUUGCGGAUGGAGCUGGAAGGGGAGAGGGCUGGAGGACAGGUGGGGGAGGUGGAUCUGUACAGGAAGGAGAAGGACCUGCACCUGCUGUACUCCUCGCUGAGGGACAAGGUGAAGAGCAUCGUCAGAGACUCCUCCAGCCUCCUCUCCAGCAGCCAGGACCUGCUGCCCGCCGCGCUCCGAAUCAUCGAGGAGGAGGAGGGCCGCGGGGAGGGCGAGCCCGGCUCCUCCGAGCCCGAGACGUGGAGGGCGCUGUGGAGGUGCAGCGUGCGGGAGGGGGUGCAGGCCAGCAUCGACAGCGUGCAUCUGGACUCCAAGGUGCAGAACCCCUCCUGGCUCAGUGUGCAUCUGGGGCUCCUGGGAGCCGCUGUCCUGAACAACCUGCAAAAUGUGAAGAACAACUUACAGCCCUGCUACCCCCCGGAGGGCUUCUGCGUCUUCGAAACCUACGUGGACUGUUACCAUCAGGCUGUUUCUGAGCACCUCCAAAAAAUCAAGCAGCAAGUACUCGAGGUAAAAGAAUGCUAUGCCUUGCUACACUGGAUCAGCAAGGACUACCCUGGUGAGAAGGUGAUGGGCAGCCCCAGCCUCCAGCCCGAGAUGAGCACAGAGAACAUUGUCCUCCCGCUGGAGGAAAAUGAGUUGGAUCGGAUCCGGAGCAACUAUUGCAACGCUUUACAGGUCGAGUUAAGAAAUACCUUGAAAAAUCUGAUGAAAUUAGAGGCUGAGGAGAUGUGGCAAAAUGGAAAAGAGCCUGAGAUUUUAAACGAUUUCUAUCACUCGGAAAUGCAGAUAGAUAUCUGUAAGGUAAUCAAUGCAUGUGUGACGAAUUCAGGAGAAAUAAGUAAAGAAGUAGAGAAGACUGUUGUCAACACCUGUGCAGAAGAACUGACGCAUUUUUCCCAACAAUUUCAAUCUGCAUUCAAGCAGUGGAGACAGUCUCUGGCGAACCCUUCCCAGUAUUUGAUUAUGUACAUCAACAGCUUCACGGACAUAAAAGAGCACAUGGAGACAUACAAGGAAACCAGCCCAGCCGCAGUAGAGGAAUUAGUAAAGGACACAGAUACCACGAUAGAAAGCUUUGGCCAGUCUCUAUUGGAACAUCUCAAGGGGGAGACAGAGCUCCACUUUAGGAAACUAAUGACAAAGAAGUGGCUGUCCAGCAGCGACGAUUUCCAGAAGAUAGUGGAAAGAAUUGAGGAUCUCUCUCAGCACUGUCGCAGGAUGAAAAAGCCGUACCUUCAGAGUUUUGUGAAUGAUGUCCACUACCACAUGACAAAAGCGUACGUAGCGCAGGUCUUGAAGAAUGAGUAUUCCUGCAAGAACAGAAGGCACGAAAAGGCAGCAGAGAAGAUGAGGGGGGAGUGGGAGGAGCUGCAGAAGGAGUUUGAUAACUUGGGAACGACUUGUGAUUGGCUCCGCCCACUGGGCCAACACCUUUGUGACAUCAUUGGGAUGAAGAAUAAGAGUGACAUCAAGGACCGCUUGGAACUGCUGGUCACAGACUAUCCUGACGUCAGCAGGAAACACGUCUCUGCCAUUCUUUUCUUCCGGGGGCUGACGGGAGGGCAGGAGAGGCAGGCCAUUCUGCAGCGCCUGGAAGAGCUGAAGCACACUACGGGUCUUCCUCAAACUCGUUCCUCUCGUGUCUCCUCAGCGCCCGUGUUGAGCUUCGAGGAGAACCUCGCGCAGUCGCGGUUGGCGGAAGCCGGCCUGCAGCUGGUGGCCCGGGAGGAGCAGCUGUGCGGGCAGGGGGACGAGGCGGCGAGGGAGAGGCUGGGGCAGGACUACGAGAGGCUGCGCCUUCAGAUGUGGGAGGUGGUGAUGGCGUCGCUCAGCCUCGGGGACGGGGAGCUCGAGAGGCUGAGGUCGGCGGUCGAGGCCAUCGCGCACCAGGAGGAGCAGGACAGGCGGUGGAAGGAGGAGAGUCAGAGAGAGGCGCCGAGCUGGAGGCCGCUGCGGUGCCGCAGCACGCACGACCGCCAGCUGUGGCAGAUAGUGGAGAGCCGGAUGGACAGUACGGAGGAGGUGAACGGGGCGGCUAACCUGUCCUCCUCUGUGAAGAAGGAGGUCUUCAGGCUGGGCAAGCGCCUGAAGGACGACCUGCUGACGGUGGCGCGUCGCGUGAAGGGCUGCUACCCCCAGGAGUUCGACAUCUGCAACACUUACGCAAGGUUAUACCAUGCAGCCUUCUCCAUCCAGAUGAGGAACCUGACGGAGUUCACGCUGGACCACGAGGACUGCAGCUACCUCCUGUGCUGGAUCCACAAUUACUAUCCCAACAAUGUGCUCAAGAACAAAGAGCUCCAGGCUGAUAUCAACACUGUGAACCUGGAAGCUCUUCUUCCUAAGGAGACAUUAACACAACUGGAAGAGCAGUAUUUUGCUUACAAACAGAGUCAGAUCAGCAAAUGGACUUUGAAGGCUCUGCAGACCGAGGAGGAGAAGUGGAUGAAAGGAGUGACUCCUGAGCUGACAGAUGGGCAUUACUUCAGCGAAUUACCCAUUGACAUAAUCCAGCUUAUAGAUGGAAGCGCGAAGGAGGCCAAGGAGAUUUCCGAUGAAAUAUUUGCGGCCCUGAAGAGCAUGCUCAUGACUGAGCUGGAGAGCUUCUUCAUGAGCUAUAAGAAAUAUUUAGAAGACGUUAUGAAAGGAAAACAGGAUAAUUCGAAGUUUGUAAAGGCUAACCUGUUGAGCAUUAAACAGUUCAGGGAAUAUGUUGCUAAAAACAGUGAAUUCUUUAAAGAUGGAAGUGAAGAAAGGUGCAUUUUGACACUGAAGCACCUGGAGGACAGUGGAUAUAGAUACCUAAUCGGCAUCAUGCAAAACUCUAUCAAGAGUCUGCACCGGGACGUGGGUACCACGGCCUGGCUCAGCUGCAGCAAGCAGGUGAUGGACAGUCUGCUGCACAAGGUGGAGGAGCUCCUGCAAGGGCACAAGGACAUGUCCCCCGAGACCUUUCAGGAGCUGGUGGGCCGGCUGCACAUGGCGUUGAUCGUGGAGUACUGCAGGAGGCUCAUGAAGCAUAAGCUGAAGCUGCGUGACGAGGCGCAGCAGAGGACCGCGGCCGAUCGGAUCUGCACCGACUCCAGGAAGCUGCAGUGCCUCUUCAAGGAAUACGGGUCAAAAGAUGAAUGGCUCAACGAGGUUCUGGGCAGAAUCGCGGAAGUCAUCAAGCUUCAGGACUUGAGCACAAUUCAGCUGGAGAUCGCCACCCUGGCCAGGGAUUACCCAGACAUCAGUGAGCGCCACGUGGCUGCUUUGCUGUACCUGAAGGCCAACCUCUGCAACAGAGACAUCAAGACCAUCAAGAGCAGCCUGACAGAGACCAAGCACGCCAUCUGCAGCAGCGAGUCCAAGCCUUUCUUUUCCAAAGUAGUGUUAAAAAAACUGUUAUGAGCUCCACUGGGGGCCGGUGUCUUUCAUAUGGAGCCUGCAUGAGUCGCUGUGCUCUACACCACGGCCCAGGGCCUGUAAGAGACCAGGACAGCCCCUGUCUCUGGCUCUGUGCACUGCAUGUGUCCGCACAGAUUUCGGUUCUGAAACCACACUCGGCUGAACAGGCUGUUAACUCACAUGCUUCUCAUGCCUUGGACAAACCUCGAUCCCUUGAACAUUCUCACAGCUAACUUUCCCUGUGGCACUGUUACAAACUGGUCCUUUUUAGCUUUGGUUCAUUGUUAUCAUCACAGAGUUUUGGAAUAGCUGAGCAUUGGAAAUAAUAAUCAAUUAAAUAGUAAUAAGAAAGCAAAAACCUACGCAUGUGUCGGCGAUAAACAACUAUUAAACCCGUGAACUCGAAAAGAGACGUCACCAAUAACACAAGCUUUAAUGCAAUCCACUUUAGUUCACACCUGAAGAAGGCUCCACAGCGGAAACAUUGUGUUUCCUCUCUUCUGUUUUUAGUAUGGAAUAAACCUAUUACUUGUUCCUUUGCAGCCUACGCAUACGGACGCAGCUACCCACCUGAACCACUUUAGUCCAAUGCUACUUCUGUGUGUUUAGUGGCAGCCAGUACAGAAAACGCUUGUUACAGACAUUCUGUUUCUAGGUAGGAGUAAAUGUUACCGUAUUUUACAGUGAUAUCUAGUUUCCAAGCAUGUGAUAUUGAGCAGAGAACUUGGGGAACUCUGUGUGCACAAACCUUCCUGCUUCUGCUUGAGAAUGUAAGUGUUAAGCUGGAUUCAGCACUUUCUAUUCUGUGGUAGUGGUAUUCAGAUGGGGUUGAGCAAGUCUGCUGUCAACGCCCUUGAAAACCAAACUAGAUUCCUAGUUUUUUUUAAGUAUGUUAUUUUCAGUUAAAAUGCUUUUUGAAUCUGAAUAUGUCUGUGAACCUUUGUGUGAUUCAAUAGUUCUUGAGUGUUGUUUAUGUAUAUUUGUAAUGACAAUGUACAGUGGACUGUAUGUAAUGUGUAGUGGACUUAAUCCCGGUUAAGACUGUGGUGAGCAGGCACUGCUUUACACAAAGGGUGGUGGGUGUCUUGAACUUGGGUCAUAUUGUCGAUUUCUUGAGAAACCUUCAAGAAAUGUCUGGAUGUGGACCUUGGAUCAAAAACUUACUCACCGGCCAAGCAAGGAGUAGAUCACGUCGGCUGCUCUUGUUUGCAAAGCCAGCAGCCAUAUCUCCAUCAUAGUCCCCAUUUACCUGUAAAGGGCUUUGAGCGGAGUGUCCAGAAAAGUGCUGUAUAUACAGUAUGUAAGAAAUUAUUAAAUAUCAUUAUUAUGAUAAUUACCUUAGCACACUUGUACUGUUUCUCAGAUGGGAAAGGCUUUACAUGAUUUCAAAGACAAGACUCUCCCUGGACCACUGCCUGUGCAGACGUUUUUGUUACUGUUACCAGUUCUAAAGCAAUGUAAGCAACGAUGUGCUCUGUUGUUACUGAAGAUGUGCAGUGUUAUACGACAUGUACUGUAUAUAUUUUAUUUAUGUCCAUCUUUUUUAUUAUCAAAUAAACAGUUUAAAUGUC